GCUGUCAGGUGAUAGUGCCGGACAAGUGGAAGGACGGAGCCAGCAACACCACCGAGGGCGGCGGCCGCAAGAUCAACGAGAACAAGCUCCUCUCCAAGAAGUCCAGGCCGGAAAUAUGGACGUUGACGUGGAUCAUUACGGUGUUCUGGGGUUGCCUUCUGGGGAAGAAGGCGCCAAGCUGUCCGAGAAGGAGAUCUCAAAGGCCUACAGGGCUAAAGCUUUGGAGCUGCACCCGGACAAGAGGCCCGAUGAUCCGGACGCGCACGCGAAUUUCCAGAAGCUUAAAUCGUCCUACGAGAUUCUGAAGGACGAGAAAGCCCGGAAGCUGUUCGACGAUCUUCUGAGGGUCAAGCGCGAGCAGCUCGUUCGCCGGUCGCAGCAAGAUUCAAAGCGGAGGAAAAUGGUCUCGGAUCUUGAAGAAAGAGAGCGAGCGGCUUUUGCUCCUGACUCUGCUGCAAAAGCAAAAAAUGAAGAGGAGAGGAUCGUUAGGAAGCUUAGAGAAGAGAUAGAAAGGAUUCGGGCUAUGCAUGCAAAUAAAAGCGCUCCUCCAGCGUCCUCGAAGGGACAGGCUGCUAGUGAGGGAAAGGAUAGGAAGAGCAGUGGUGGGGUUGGUCUGGACAAGGAGAAGGUUCUCAAAGUUUCUUGGGAGAUGAGUGGCCCUGACUAUACCGUAGAGAGGUUGAAGGAGUUGUUUUCGGCGUUUGGUGAGGUUGAAGAUAUUGUCACUAGGAAGAAAAGAUCUGCACUUGUCGUAAUGGCAUCUAAAGAUGCGGCUGUUGCUGCCACAAGAACCGUGUGUGGAGAUCUUUCUAAUCCUUUGUUGGUCGUCCCUCUUCAGCCAGUUGUAGCAACAAAUUUCCCAAGCGUCAACAAGCCUGUGGAGAAAGAUCUUCGCAAUGAUCUUGUGGGGGCUGGGUAUCAAGAUUUUGAGGACUCUGUGAUGAAGAAGCUCCAAAAGGCUGCAGCAAGGCAAAAGUGAUGGGGAAAAGCAUCUGAGGAGUACAUUAUGUACAGUGUAGCUUUGAUAUCCUCAGCCUAUAAUGUAAGGUAGCAGUGACUUGGGAUGGUUAGAGCACAUGAUGGGCAUACUUUGAUGGUAGCAACUGACAGCAAAUUUCAUGUUGAUGGUGUGCCAUAGCGAAUACUUGAUAUUGCAUUUGAUACUGGUGGGACCUGAAGGCUGCGAUUGGCAUAUCUGGACAAUGUUUAACAUUAUUCUCUAUUGCUGAAAACAGUCAGAACACAUUGCUCAUAAUUGCUGAGGUAACGCGAUAUGUUACUUUCAUUAGGGGAUACACCUGGCAAUUUUCAUACUGGACUGUAAUUUUAGAGACUUCUUCUUGUACUGUGUAAUUGCUUGGUCAUUGUAAAUUUGUAGGGGCGAGGUUUUUCUGGGAUCAGCUGACUUUCUAAUCCAGUAGUGGGAUAUGCGGUAUUACAUACUUUGUAGAAGGCAAAUUCACAAUAUGGUGAUGUAAGAAAACUUCAGAUUUACUAACCCCCAUUCGCAUGACAUUGUAUUAAAUUUCGAUGCUGAUA